AUUCUAAACAGCUCUUGUUUGAAUCAAAGAAGGUGUAACUUUUCCGCUAAAUUGAAGUGGCUGUCGACUUCUUGAUUGGGAUCAAUUUCUCAUUUUAUUUGACAUUACCAAAGAUGCCAAUUUCUUCUUAUCAUGGAUUGAGGAAGAACUCUGUCCCAGCAACGCCGUGGAACAGCACAAAAAUUUCACCUCAUAAAAACCUUUCCCGUAGUAACUCAACGUCUUACAAGUCAAGUAAAAGACCCCAUGGUUUGCCAAGAUUAUGGAACCACGAGGAAUUUUUGAUAGACGACGAACAAGGCGGGGAUAAAUAUUCCAAGAGUUGCCCAUCCUCAACUGUUCAUAGUUCAAGGAAACCACUCGUCAACUCUCGACCAAGAAGCGCUCGAUCAGCGGCUGACAGAAGACUUAAAAGACGGGAUACAUUUCCAAAGUUUGCAAGUGAAUUUUAUCGCAAUGAAAGUCGAGAAUAUAGAAGAAGCAAGAGUGAUCCAUCAAUUCUUGCAAAGAAGAAGCAGAGGAAAAGUAGUAUUACAGCUCCAAAAAGACCAUCAACGUUAUGGACUGUCGGUAAGAGGCAAGAAAAACCUAAUUCGUCCUCGGCGCGCAGAAGAAAGGUCAACAAUAGUCUCGCUGCAUCGUCUUUAUCCUCGCCCGACGGGAGUUUAUAUGGCGGAUUGACGAAGAAGCGCCCAAAUCAAGGAGACAGGGUCGUAUGCAUACUAAACAAGAAACCUCAACUUGGUGUCCUUAAAUACAUCGGAAGAACACAUUUUGCCGAGGGCGAAUGGUGUGGUAUUGUGUUGGACGAAGCCUGCGGCAAAAACGACGGUUGUGUUCGUGGAGUGCGUUAUUUUCGUUGUAAGAAUAAACACGGGAUAUUUGUACAUUCGCAUAAAGUUAGAACUGCCGAUGACAUUACACUAUCGCGAUUAAACCUGCUAGAAAGCCCGUUCAGUCCACAAUCACCGGAAAAGAAUACUAAAGAAGGUAAUCACAACGAGCAAAGCAUGUCUUCUGGUGAUGUGGAAGUAAUGCGCUCCAAUGAUCGCGAGGUUUCUAAAUAUAGAGACAUAAACAAGUCGAUAAAGCAUACGAGAAGGAAUCGUUCUGUCUCGUUGGAUAGAUAUCUGUUCUUAAAAGCCAAGCAAUUGGCGAAAGGUCUAAAUAUGUUUUUACAUAAUACGGAAAAGAGCGAGAAAAUGAACACCUGGGUGCAGAACUGUGUUAAUCGCUCGCGUUCGAUGCCUAAAAUUUCCAAGGAUAUUUUCCCGGAUUCAAGCGAGUAUUGUUUGGGAGGUGACAUGGGGGAUUUGGAGAAAAAUGUUUGGAACGAGAAAACGGCAUUUGAUGCUGUGACUAAAGACUACAUCUCUGUUGGAGCUGAUCACAAUAAGCCUUCAAAGAUGACAGGUGUUCUUGACUUGUCAAGAGAUGGCAUUAAUAAUUUAGCAGGAGAUCUUCAGGCACCUCUUUCUGUGCAGUCUUCAUUGGAGAAUUCCUCAAAUAAACAGAAUGGUUUUCAACCAAGUAAAGAUCAAAUUUAUCUUAAUGGAGGAAAAUCUGCUCUUCAGAAGAAGGUGGGACAUGCUGUUUCCUUGGAUACUCAUCUGAUGGUCGAGAAAGGACACUUAACUUUAAUGUCAAAUUCUGAGAACAAUGAAUACACUUGUGCAGCACAUCUCUCUACCAAAGAGGACCCCUUUAUUCAAGGACGACAUUGCAGCUGCCCAAGCCUGCAUUGUGCUGAUCAUUUUUCAGAAGCUAUUACAGCCUGCCUGGAUUUGGGGCGCAGAGAAAGGCUUGCCAUUCCUGAAGCUGAGAAUGAGAACAGAAGCAACACUGGCAGAUCUGCUAAGCUCUUGGGCAAAGAUAACACUCAACAGAAACAUCCUGGGUGUCCUCAUGCGCAGUCUGACACAUUUCAGAAAAUUUCUGAUAACAAUAAACUGGUGAAUGGUGAUUCUCUGAUUUCUAGUGAUAAUAAAUCAACUCAGGUGAGGAGCUGGCCUUGUUUGACGUCAACUCCUAAGAAACCUCUCAGGAGAUGCAGCAGUAGCAGUGAUAUUCAUGCUGAAAGUGCCCUCAAUAGGAGUGGAGACUAUGAUGAGGUGUUUGAUGACAAUAUUCCUUCGAUAUUGGCAACAGUCAAACCAAUAUCUAAUAAUACAGUUAAAAGGCCUCUUGAUCUAAAUUGUAUUGACACAAGUUUGUCACAAGCCAGUGGUAUCAAGGCUGCAAACAAAACAGUUAAAUCCCAUGAUCAAGUUGUGGAUACUGGUUCUAACUACACUGACAGUCUCUCUGGAUCACAAGCGUCAUUAUCUUCCACUGGAACAAGUGACAGCAAGGGAAAAAAGAUGUCUGCAACAAGACGGAUCCCCAGCUCGGUCAAAGCUCCUAAGUCUAAAUCAACAUCAAUACCAACAAAAAGCAGCAACACAUCAAAAACAACACAACAGAAGCAGUCUAGGCUAGAACAAAUGCGUCAGCAACAAAAUCAAAAAGUCAACUUAUCAUCUGAGGGUAAAUUUCCAAACAGAACUGGGCCCAGUUCAGGACAUAAACAGGAAGGUAAAAUACAGAAACGACACACUCUAGCAACAAUACCCGAUCAGAAAUCAUUUGUACCACGUCCAGCUGUGAAUAAAAGGCCAACAAGUGGUAGCAUCAUAGAGCAAUCCCCUAGAGAGGAAUCUAAAACCUCAAAACUUCCUGUCAAGAAGCUAAGUACACCAUCACAGAUUUCAAAACCAGCAGCAGCUACUAAACUGGAAAGGAAGAAAGACAGUGCUGCUGUUCAGAAACAGUUUAACACUGCAGGAAGUCGACCACCAGUAGCUCCCGCUGUUAAAAAAGAAUCUGGCUUGGCAAGGUCAGAUUCGAAUGCAAGGAAACCUAACAGGACAUCUCUUCCACAUAAGGCCACAGGUAAAGAGAAAGAAUUUGCUGCAAGUGGAUGUAAGGCCAUAGGUGGACAAACUCCAGCAUCAGCUAAAGGAUCAAAAGUGUUAUCCACAGCAGUUGGGUCAAAACCACAAGCAGCAAAAGUGAAGAGAUCAAGUAGUUCUGUUAAAGAGAAAACACAGGCACCUUCAAAACCGGUCAAUAGGCAGCCAUCAUCAGCCUCAUCCAACAAAAAGCCUCAGCAAGCUGGGAAACAAAGUACAAAACAAACUCCAGCAAGUCAAAAGCAAGGAUCCUCAAAACUGCCAAGAAAGAUUUCAGGACAGCUGAGCAAUGCCAGUGACAGUGUAUCAGUAACAAGCAGUAUCAGAGACCAAGAUCACCUUGAUGACUUCAUUGAUUCUGAGGGUGAUUCUGUAUCUGUUCACUCUGACACUUUCAUCCAUGGUGCAAGAGAUUUCUCAAGCAGAAAUUCACAGCAAGAUAACUUUUCUCUUGGAGGAGACAUUGCUUUGCACAACUCAGAUGAAAAUGAUGGCUCUACAACAAUGGUGCUUGCCAGUUCUCCACUAGAAGUGCCUUGCAGAACAAUGCCACCAGAUAUUUUAAGUGAGACGCCGUACCUGAUUAAGCAUUCUGUUGGAAUUCAGGUGGAGGAUGUUAGUCAUUUAAAAGCUAUUGAGGAUGUCAAAGAGAAAGCACAGCAUCUGGGUGAGCUUUUGAAACAAAGGACGGAACUCUAUGGCCAGCUACAGGAUCAAAUUGACUGCAACAGUAACGACUUUGUUGCAGCAUCACUGUUGAUUCUGACCACUCUACGUAAGCUGGUUUGGUGUCAAAAGUACAGCAAUCAACUCCAAAGGAAAAUUGAAUCAACUUUGCAGGAGAUGAAAGUCAUUCAUGAGAAACUUGUUGAAGAGGAAGCAAACAGCGUUAAACUACAAGAAGAGAUGAUGUACCAGCGAAGUGAACAUGCAGUCUCCAUAGAAACCUUAAAGGCUGACCAUGAAAAUCUACUGGAGGAGACGAGCUCAGAGCUCAAGCGCAAACAUGAGGGAGAAAUUCAGUUAGCUAUUGAAACUCACAGAUCACAAAUGCAUGAAAUGAAGGAAGAGCAAGAGAAACAGGUGACACAAUUGAAGAAGACACAUGAUGAACUUGUAGCAUCCUUAAAGGACAAACAUCAAGAUGAAAUUGCUGACUUAGACAGCAAACAUUCCUGUGCAGUUGAUGAGCUUGUCGAGGAACACCAAGUGGAAAUAGAAACAAUUAAAGCAGAUUAUGAAGAACAGCAGUCAGAAAUGAAGGUGGGAGAGUGUUGUCCAGGCACUUACUUUUCUUUUAGCGAAUUUUUUUUUUUUGUGUUUUUAAUUGCCUUUCAGUUGGAGAAACUUGAAGAUGUCAGAGCAAAAACAAAGAAACUUCAGCAAGAAAAUGAGUCAUUAUCUUUUGUGGUGGAGACAAAGUCUAGAUUUGAGAGGCAACUUUCUGUUGAGCGAGACACAUUAAGAAAUAGUUUGGAAAGGGAGUCAGCCAAAAGCAAGAGACUUUCUCUAGAAAAUGAAGAACUUCAGUGGCGUCUGGUCAACAGCACAAGUCCUCCGUGUACUCCCACUGAUGAAGUUGGUCCUCUCACAAUGGCGAAACGUAAUAGUAAUCGCCUCUCAGCUAGUUUUCCUGACAUUGAGAGCAUAGAUGAAUAGGAAAUCAAAACUCAGUGUUUCAAGCUGAAUUGAUAUUUAUUGGGUUCAGCCCAUUCCAAUAACUUGCUAACAGACGUUUUCUCUUUAACUAAGAGAAGAAUGUGCAAGUAGGCAGGGUAGAAAGCAUUGAAAGAAGUAACAAUUAUUGCGUUGGCUCUCGUUGUUUCAUCUUGUCUUACAAUGACAUGGAGAUAGAUGAAAAUAAACCUGUUGGUUAAAAAAAUAGUUUUUGUCAGUUUUUUGUGAGCUGAGAUAUCUCUAUCUCUAUUUCUUUGUUUGAGAAAAUUUUGCAUCUGACAGCUAAGGGAACUAUUUUUAUUGACAGUGUCUUUUUUUCAUAACAUUUGGCUUUAGUUUUAUUGUUUUUUGAAAUGCCAGCAUUUUGAAGAAAUUUUUUUUUCUCCUUGUAUGAAGUUUUUAUGUCCUAAAUUCAUCUACGUAUCACUUGUCUUUUGAAAUCCAGGAAGAACUUGUAGAGCAAAUUAUUGAUCAUGGAAUUAUGAUGUUAGAGGAAUAAAUGAUUUGAGGUACACUGUUUAGUAAUAACAGUGGAAGAAUGAAUCAUUCAGUAACUAUUUGGAAUUAUUAAAUAGAUUAAUGGAGAUUGGUUCUUAAUUGCUAGUAAAUGCCUAAUAAUGCCUCAUUUAAUUUGUAAAGUUAAUUAUCAAAGAUUAUGUUUGAACAUCAGUGUUCUCCAGAAGUUCUAGCAGGUGGUAUUUUUGCCAGCCACCUGUUUCUGAAGUGCCUACUACAAGGUAGUAAAAUACCUUUCACAAUCUGAUAUAAAUUUUAUUCUUUGUUUACCAGCAUAUUUCUUAAGGCCAAAAAAAAAUUUCUAGAGAACACUGAAGUGUAACUUAUUUAGAAAGGAUUUUACUAUCCCUUGUACAUUAGAGCUAGAUAAUUUGCCAAUAUAUAUAUAUUCUAUAGCUAGAUAAUUUGCUUAUAGUAAGUUAAUUCUAUUUUAUUCUAGUAGAGUGCUUUUGUUUAUUAUGAAUUAAAAGAAUUUAUUUUUGUAACAUUAUUAUCAAAUUCUAAUUUGAAGUGGAAAAUUUCACGACUGUUGUCAAUUACAUUAUUUAAACAAUUUGAAUAAUGAGUGGUGCAAAUUUUGGCCAUGAUGCAUACUGCAAGAUGUUUAUGAAUGUAACAAAAUGCUACAAGCUCAGGGCAAAUGCAGAGUUUGCAAGAUAUACUUUUAAGAUGUACAUUAGUUAACAUUAAUGAUAAAGUUUCUGCAAAUUGUCAAAGUCGAACUAUCAGUUAUUGAAAUAAAUAUCAUGGUGUGAGGAGUAUCUCAAGUGCA